UUUUCGACGCAGCAGUGCACUCGUUACCGUGGAACGAAGGAACUCACUCCCCUAAGUAAGGGUUUCACACAGCUCGACAUGGGUGCUUUCGUCAAACUUUUCCUAAUUGCGCACGUCGUGAUCCUGUCGUGCGUACAACUGUACGGCUUGCCCGUGGAAAAUGACGAUGCCGACAGUGAGAACCAGGUCGAUUGGAGUUCGCGGCAGAAUCUCAGCACAAAGCCAAUCGAAGUCAAGGGAAUCCUGCAAGACGGGACUCUGUUCAGCGCGGAAGACGGCAACUCCCGCCAGAAACGGGACGCUUCUCUCGACCCGUUCGGAGGCUGCAAAUUAAUGUGCCCAGAGGGGUUCGACCCAGAAGACUUCCACAUCCACAUGCACAGAAAGAAAAAUGGUGACCGGGAAGGGGGACAAGACCCUCGUUACGGACUAUGGCACCACGACUGGAAAGAACGCGCGGACUGAACAGGUCCAUGCUCCCGCAUGCCGUCCCAAAAUUUCGGCCUCCGCACCCUAUAAGAAUCAUGUGAUACGAAAUGACAAUUAAAUAGUUGUGAACCUCGGGAACUCCCGAAAAAAAUCAA